UUCAAUCAAUAACUUAUCAUGCGUUUCAACAAAGCGGCACCGUACCUAAAGACAAAGCUGGUAUCGGACAUUCUUGUCUUGGGUUCCGAAUAAAAAGGCUGUCUGUUCCGGCCAUUGACAUACACAAAACUCACAAAGGAAGUUCAUGGCUGUGGACAGACUGAUCUUGCUUUUCUUUUCUACUAUGCUUCUCUACUUGCUCCAAACACUCAUCAAAUUCUUGCAUAAGGUAUGGUGGGGACCUGUUCAACUACAAGCUAAAAUGAGUUCACAGGGAAUCAGAGGUCCACCAUACAGGUUCCCCCAUGGGAACACCAAAGAAAUCUCUUACAUGAGAACCCAAUCCAUGGAAAAACCUAUGGCUAUUUCACAUGACAUAUUUCCAAGAAUACAGCCCCAUGUCUAUGCAUGGACCAAGGCUUACGGGAAGAAUUUUCUUAAUUGGCACGGUUCAGAGUGCCAGUUAUUUGUCACGGAACCGGAGCUCAUCAAAGAGAUACUGAUGAACAGAGAUGGCGCGUUUCCGAAAAUGGACAUGGAUGGCUAUGCAAAGAAGCUGCUUGGUGAAGCUCUCAUCACAAACGAGGGCGAAAAAUGGGCGAAAAUACGGAAACUGGCUAAUCACACUUUCCAUGCAGAGAGUCUCAAAAGGAUGGUUCCAAAAAUGAGUUCAAGCAUCGAGGAAAUGCUGGGAAGGUGGAAAAACUAUGAAGGGAAGGAGAUUGAUGUGUUUAAGGAAUUCGGGCUGCUGACAACUGAAGUGAUUUCCAGGACAGCCUUUGGAAAUAGAUACGUGGAUGGGAAACAUACCUUUGAGAUGGUCGCCAAACUGACAGCAUUAACUGUUAGAAAUAUCUAUAAAGUCAGAUUUCCUGGCAUCAGCAUGGUACUAAAAUCAGACGACGAGGUUGAAGCAAAGAAACUCCAACAAAGAAUCAAAAGUUCCAUUCUCGAGAUUGUAAAGAAGAGGGAGAUUAAUGUGAAGGAUGGAGAAUUUCAGAGUUUUGGAAGUGAUUAUCUUGGACAACUUGUGGAAAUGACUCAUGAAUCUGAUGUGAAAAAACGGAUUACAACAGACCAAAUGAUUGACGAGAUCAAGGCAAUGUAUGGCGCGGGACACCUCACAACGACAAACUUGCUCGGGUGGUGUGUACUACUUCUAGCUACAAACACAGAGUGGCAAGACAGGGCAAGGGAGGAGGUGAACAGAACUUUCGGCAGGAAAAGCCCUGAUUCUGAUGGAAUUGCAAGAUUAAAAAUAAUCAACAUGGUAAUCAAUGAGUGUCUGAGGCUAUAUCCUCCUGUCCUUACGGUGACAAGGAAAGUUGCCAAGGAAGCAAAAAUAGGGGAGCUUCGUAUACCUCCCAAGAUCAACAUUUACAUCUCUAUUUUAGCACUGCACCAUAACCCUGAAAUCUGGGGCAAAGAUGUUCAUCUUUUCAGACCGGAAAGAUUUGCGGAAGGAGUUGCUAAAGCUACCAACAACAACACUGCAGCAUUUCUGCCCUUUGGUUUGGGACCUCGAACUUGUGUAGGCUUAAAUUUCACCACCAAUGAAGCCAAGGUUGCACUUUCAAUGAUUCUGCAGAAGUACAAGUUUGUUCUGUCACCUAAUUAUGCGCACCAUCCAGCUGAUGUUUUUAUCCUCACUCCCAAACAUGGAGUUCAAGUGAUCCUUGAAACAAUCUAAGACCAAAACGUUGAUGUUCACUUCAUGAAUAUGUUUUCCUAGAUGGCUGCAAAAUAAGUUGUUUCUGUUGUUUUUCUUAAAUGUAAGCUGAAUCGUGUGCAAAGAUUUAUGAAUGUUUGAUGAACAGUU